AUGCCUCUCUACCAGCCUCCCAACGUGAACACCCCCGUGCUGUCCCAGUUCUCGCUGGCCGGCAAGAUCGUCGCCGUGACCGGUGGUGCCCGCGGUAUUGGCUUUGAGGUCGUGCGCGGAAUGGCCGAGGCGGGCGCCGACGUUGCCCUCCUGUACACCACCACCGCCGAUGCCCCCGAAUCCGCCGCGAAGAUCGCUUUAGAGACUGGCCAGCGCAUCCAGGCCUUCCAGUCCGACGUGACCAGCCGCAGCGAGAUCGAUGCCACACUCAAUAAGGUUGCCAAUGAGUUCGGCAACGGCCGUCUGGAUGUUGUGGUCGCCAACGCUGGUACCUGCACCAACCGCCCCAACCUGGAAUACGAUGAGGAGAGCUGGGCUCGUGACAACCUUGUCAACUACGACGGCGUGAUGUGGACCGCGCAGGCUGCUGGAAAGAUCUUCAAGCGCCAGGGCAAGGGUAACCUGAUCAUUACUGCGUCGGUCAGCGCCAUUCUGGUCAACACCCCCCAGACACAGUGUGCCUACAACGCCUCCAAGGCCGCGGCAGUGCAUCUGGCAAAAAGCUUGGCUGUGGAGUGGACCGACUUUGCGCGCGUCAACUGCAUCUCGCCCGGCUUCAUCAUGACUAAGAUGCUUACCCAGCAGCCCAAGGAGCUGUUCGAGAAGUGGCUCUCCAUGGUGCCUGGUGGCCGCAUCUGCGAUCCCGCUGAGCUGAAGUCGGCCUACGUCUUCCUCGCCAGUGAUGCUUGCUGCUACAUGACCGGUGCCAACGUGGUCAUUGACGGUGGCUACACCCUGCCUUGA